AUGGAAGCCAGGGGCACGGGCAGGGCUCGGGGUUACCUGGGAACCGCGGCCGCAGCGCCCGCGGCGCUGCUGUUCCAGCUUCAGUUGCGUGGAGACCGCGAUCCUCGAUUCCCGAGAGAGAAGCUCAACAGGAAUGAGGCCAGUGCUGGGGAGAGUAGUCUGCCCAGAAUUGGUCCAUUUCUACCCACGAGUGAGACUGGUCAGAAGUUGUUGCCAGUUCUCCCGAAACAGAGCUUGUUUCGUGUUUCCCCACCAGAGCUGGUGUUUCAGAACUUCGUGGCUCAUGAAGUCUCUGAAAUGGAACUGUCUCUCACAAAUGAGAGCAAGUGUGUUCAGCUGGUGCAGGUCUCCAUGCAGAGCUCACCUUGUUUCAGGCUGGUGUGCCCCAACGAGGCGUACCGUGCUGUGCCGCGAGGUGCGACUGCCCGUGUGCGCAUUCAAUUCACCCCCAACGAGAGCAAGGAUUAUUCCCAUGAGCUUGUCUGCAUCACCAAAACAGAAAGGAUAGUUGUGCCAAUCCGGGCCAUUGCUGCCCGAGCUAUCCUGAACAUCCCAGACCAGCUGAACUUCUCGGAGUGUCCAGUCAAGAGCAGCACCAAGAGGACUCUGCUGCUUCGCAACACUGGCAGCCUGGAGGCUCAUUACUACAUCAGCACCCAGAGUCCUUUCUCCGUGGUUCCGGCCAUGGGAACUCUGGGUGCUGGUGACAGCGUGCAGGUGACAGUGGGAUUUCACCCACUGACCACUGGUGCCCAUUUUGGGUCCAUGGUAGUGUGCUACAACACAGGUGAAGAAAUGAUCCACACAAACCUUCAGGGAGAAGCUGUAGAUGUCAGCAUCGGGUUGAGGACGUAUUCCGUGGAGCUGAAGAAGACUUUCAUCACCAUGUCAAGCCACACAACCAUGUUCAUCGAGAACAGGAGUAACAUCAGAGCCCAGUUCCAGUGGAAGACUUUUCCUAGUGAGGAAGAUGAGAAUGAAGAGAAGAGGAGGCAGUGUUACCUGCUGCGAUCACCGAGAGAGGCCUGCGUGGACAACACGACGGAAGAGAGAAGAAGAGCGAAGAAGAAGGGUUCCUGUGAAGAUCGCCGCGCCAUCCUGAAGAGCAGCGUCCGGGAGAAGAUGAUGAAGCUGAAAGAAGACCCCAUGCUAUUCUCCAGUGAUGCUUUUUCCCUUGAGCCAAUGGAGGGAGAGAUCGAGCCAAACAGUUCAGUCCAAAUCAAGGUGACCUUUAAACCCCUAAAGGCCCGAGAGUAUCGAAGUGUGGCCUACUGCAACAUCUCAGGCCGUGGGAGCAGGCUGCCCCUGCACCUCAGAGGGGAAGGCCAAGGACCCGUGGUUGAAUUCAGCCGUCAAAUGCUGAAACUUGGGAACAUUUCUGUCAACACCUCCCACGUCUAUGAGGUGAAACUGAUGAACCGAGGAGCUAUAGAUGCUCCCUUCACCUAUAUCCCUUCAGCCACAAACGUGGGCUGCUGCUUCAAGUUUGCACCCGAGGAGGGCGUCAUUGCAGCAGGUGGGAUCCGGACGAUUCACAUCUCCUUCAAUGCCACCGUACUGGGGAGCUUUGAGGAACAAUUCCAGUUCCGUGUGGCUGCAUCUCCUACGCCUGUGACCCUGACAGUCUGGGGCUGUGUCACUGGACCUGCUUUACACUUCGACCUCCAUGAGCUCCACUUCGGUGACAUCUCCUUUGGCUUUCCCCGCACCAUGACCUGUCGCCUCACUAACACCUCCCCGGUGGCCGUGACAUUCAAGCUCCGCAUGUCGGACGAUGGCACGCAGCCUGCUGUCAGUAGCUUGGAUCAGAUAUGCAAGGACAGUGACCCAUCCUGGAGAAAGGGAAUUCAUUUCUAUGUGGAGCCAAGGGAGUUUACAAUGAAUCCCAGCCAAGGGACCAUCCUCCCCCAGGGACACCAGGAUAUCGAGGUGACCCUGUGCUCCAACACGGUGAUGGAAUACUACCGGAAAAUGCUGGUGGACCUGGUGGGCCUGGAGGGUGUUGGCAAGGAAGUGGCAUCACUGAUCAUCACAGCCAGAUGUCUGGUUCCUGAGCUGCAAGUGUACCCCCAAAUCAUGCGCUGCAAUCAGUGCCACCUGAAGGAGCCAUACGAGAAGAAGUUCAUCAUCACCAAUAAAACUGACCUUCCUGGCUGCUACGGGCUUAUUCCCCAGAAACGCAAGGAGGACUCUCCUGUGUUGUACUCCAGCCCCAAACCCUGUGGCAUUGUCCAGCCUCACAGCACUGCAGAGAUUCCGGUUACAAUCGAGGUCCAAACAUUGGGCGAUCAUCGCACCAAUGUUCUGAUCGGCGUGUUUGGGGAUGAAAGAAACCCACUGAGAGCAGAAUUCCUGAGCUCUGGAGAGCUGGCAGAAAUCUAUGGAACUCCAAAGAAGAUAGACUUUGGCAUGAUCCCACCGCUACAGCCGAGCUCACAAACUCUUACCCUCUUCAACAAAGGUCUUGUCCCUGUAGACUUCAGGAUAAAGAUUGCUGAUAAACCCCAGUGCUUUGUUCUUGAAACGGAAGAAGGAGUGAUCCCCGCUAGGGGUGAGGUUCCUGUGACUGUCACAGCCAUCCUGGAUGACACUGGGCAUUUUGCUGACUCCAUCCAGCUCUUCAUCGGGAACAGCUUUUGCUUCAGCUUCUUACUGAGGGCUAUGGGCACUGGCACCACAAUUGUCACAGACAAACCACUGGCCCCAGAGCUCAACUUGGGAUACCAAUUCAGCCACCUUCCCAGUACUCAUCAGUUCCAAGUAACAAACAGGGGCCACCAUUUCCAUCGGCUCUUCUGGAGCGUGGAAUGCUGGAGGCCACCCAAGAAGAAGGGCCAGAGCAUCUCAGCCCUCAGCAGCCCCAAGGCCGAAGAUGAUUUGGAGCCCCCCGGUCGUACAAGCGCCGUGUUCGGGCUGGAGCCAGGCUCAUGGGAGCUGCAGCCAGGCGAGUCUGUGGACAUGGUGCUGCGAGGCUUCUCCCACACCCCACAGGAGGUGCGGGAUUACAUGAAGUGUGAAGCUCUCGUUGGCACAAGCGUGGUGACAAAGAAGAUAAUAGAAACAAUCAUUAGCUGCAAGUUCAUAGAUCCCUCUAUAGAAGUAUCAGCCAGAAAACUCUCUUUCCGGGUGGAGAAGAAACCCAGUGAUGUCCUAACUCUGCAGUACCAGCCUUUGGCUUUAAAAAACACCUGCUCCCUGCCGCUCCACCUCGUGCUGGACGUGGAGCAGCCGUUUCUGGUCUGUGAUGAGGAGCAGCAGCCCCUCCCAGAUGGCCAGCCUGUGACAGUGGGUGUAGAGGAGACCUGCCAUGUCUACAUCGCAUUUGACCCAGCUUAUAAACUGGAGCUUAAUAGCUGGCAAGAAAAGAAGAUUCUGAAGAUAGACAUGGUUAGGGACCAUCCUAAUGUGGAGCAUAUCGAGCUUUGGGGAGAAGUCCACUUCCCCAAUCUCCAAAUCCAGCCCAGCAGCCUGGAGUUUGGCUGCAUCGUGGCUGGCACGGAAGCAGUGCGCUCUCUGAGGAUGAGCAACUGCAGCCCCCUUCCUGUGGAGUACCACUGGUCAUUCCAGGCAGACAGCCAGGUGCACAAGUUCAGGCAUUACAUCCCAGUGGGGCUGGCAGGAUUCAGUCACUCCGUGGAUGUACCAUGGACUCCCCUCAAAGUGGAGAAGGCUUUCAGUAUCCUGCCGCUGUCGGGUGUGCUGCAGCCGGGAGAGAGACAGCAGGUCUCCUUCACCUUCACUGGCCACCUCAACACCAUGGCCCAUGUCACAGCGCUGUGCCACGUGGAGGGAGGCCCCACCUACGAGGUGAAGCUGAGCGGGGAGGCCUCACGUGUCAGCUACUCCCUGAGCGCCCGGGAGAUCAACUGCGGCUCCCAGAUGUUUAACGAAGUUCAUCACAGCACGGUCAUCCUGGCGAACACCAGCAAGAUUAAAUUCCACUGGGUGCUAGAACCCAGCACUGCAGACCAAGACCUGCCUGGUGUGUUUCUGGUCAAGCCCACCACUGGCUCCAUUGCAUGUGGCAGGAAGCAAGUGCUGAGAUUCUCUUACAUGCCAGGAGUACCAGGAGCCUUUAGCAGGACAUACCAGCUUAAAGUGGGUGACCUGGAGCCGGAAAAGAUCUGCCUGAAAGGAGAAGCGUCCUUUCCUAUGAUCAGUGUGAACCUGCCCUGGAACAUCAAAGGAAAUGAGAAAUGUGGAAAGCCACUACGGCUUGCAGAACACACGCAGCAAUACAGUGAGACCCUGAAAAUUCAGAUCCCAGCAGCUCAGCCCUUAAAAAGUCCAGAUGUGAAGACUGGGAAGCUGAAGCCGUGCAUGCUUGAAGGCUCUGACAUUGUAGCAAACACUCGGCUGCAGAUAAAGAUGAUCGAGAAGGCUGCUCUGGAGCUGCAGAAAAAGCUCACAUCCCAUCCCCCAAAGACCGAGUUCCCUGACAAAAAGCUGUGCCAGAGCCUUGUCAAAGUUGAGCUGCCAGAGUAUGUCCUGGACAUGGGCACUGUCCUGAAGGGUUUCACUGAGAGACGCACCCUGGAGAUCACCAACCCUGGGCAGAUCCCAGUGUCCUUCUGGGUCGAUGCAUCUGUCCUGCAGGACACAGGUUUCAGCGUGGACCUGGGCCAGAUGAAGAGUCUGCCCCACAUGCACACCCUGAGGUUUGAUGUGAAUUUUGAAAGUGCCCAGCAAUCACAGGGUGAUGUGGAUGUGCUGCUGCCCAUACAGGUAACAAAAGGCCCCACGUCUCACAUCCGCCUCCGUGCCACUGUCUUGGAACUGUCGCUCGACCUCUCCAAGAACACACUGCACUUCCCCAAUGUCCUCGUUGGGCAGGGCCAGGUUGAGACAGUCCAGCUCUACAACGGGUUCCAAGUGCCCUGCAAAUGGUUCAUCACUGCCAUCAAGCCUGUUAUGAAGAGCAAUCAACUCAGAUACCUGACACGAGCCCAAGGUCAGAAGCAGCAGGCGCUGGAGGAAGGGCGCUGUCCCUUUGAAGUGACGCCCUCCAAAGGAACCCUUGAUGCAGGAGCGUGGCAGAACUUGCAAAUCCAGUUUGCACCCAAGGAGGAGAGGUCUUACAAGUAUGAGCUGAAGCUUAACAUUCAUGGGAGCAGCAAUCACUUAAGGCUGCACCUCUUGGGGCAAGGUCUGGAGCCACGGCUGGAGUUCAGUCCCCCAGCACUAAAGAUGGGAUGGGUGCUGGUGGACAGCGAUGGGGUGGAGGCCACAGUGGUGGUGAAGAACCCAUGCGAAUUCCCCAUCGAGUUUUACUGCCUGGAUUUGGAUGAGCAGUACCUUGAGGAGGAGAAGAUGCUGAGGCAUCUGGGACUGCAUCCCCAAGGGCCUCCCCUUCCCCCUGCUGCUGUCCUCUCCAGAGCUGACUGCCCAGAGGAGCAGCUGGGCUCUGCAGAGCAUGUGAAGCCCUUCACCAUUGUUACACCUGAAGACAAUCUGGCCAGGACCCCAGAUGAGAAGGGCAGUUCUGCUGAGGGCCAGCCAAAGACAGCAAUGUCUGAAGCCUCCUCUUUAAUUGCCAGGCUGAAACGGUACCGGUGGAUAGUGCCUGCCCUCGGUGAGGUGGAACUGAAGGUCCACUUCUCCACCAAAAAGCCAGGGAAGUUUGAGCAGACGCUGAGGUUUGAGCUGGUGGGGACAAAGCGGCAGUACGAGCUGCCCUGCAGUGGCACCGGCCUGUACCCCAGCAUCAGCCAGAACCCACGGCUGGUGUUUCCACAGUGGAGGAAGACCAUGAAGGAAGGUGAAAUCAUCUUCAAGGAAUAUGUUGAGAGCACCAAGCAAUUCCACUUUGGACCGCUGCUGUGUGGGAAAUCAAGAGAGUGGUACAAGGCCCAGAACUGUCCUGGCAACUCGGAGAAUAUAACCAUCCUCAACAACUCCCCCAUGGACGUAGAGGUCCAGUUCUCCUUUGAGGAUGAUGAGAAAGCAGAGACCUUCCUUCUGGACCCUCCCAGCAUGACCCUGAAACCAAAGAAGAAGCAGGAGCUGACCAUUUGGGCAUACCCCACUUCCCCUGGCUUCCUGGAAGACAAACUCAUCUGCUGCAUUAACAAGAAUCCAGAGCCAGUGGUCUUCAGCCUGUGCUGCCAUGGGGUGCACAUGAAGCUGGAGGUCAGCCCCCUGGAGCUGUCUUUUGGCAAGCUGCUUCUGCACAGGACUGACAGCAGGACCUUGGUCCUGAAAAACAACACCCUACUGCCCAUGGCCUGGCAGCUCAGUGGGCUGGAUGACCUUGUUGAGGACUUCUCACUGUCACAAGAUAACGGCACCAUUGAUCCCCGCUCAGAGAUUGAAGUGACAGUGAAUUUCAAGGCCCAGCAGAUUGGCACCAUUGAGAAGAGCCUUCGACUCGAGGUUUCAGAUACAGAAAACAUCCUGGGGAUUGUUCAGGUUGAAAACAUCAAACUGUCUGCAGAGGUGUAUGAUGUUCUCCUGAGCAUGGUCCUGCCUGAAGAUGGAACCUUGGAUUUUGGAACCAUCAAUGUCCAGGAUAAUGUGAAGAACAUCCUGACUCUAACAAACAAAGGGAUGUACAACAUCGAGUACAGAUUGAUGCUGAAGGGUGCAGGUCCCAGGAUGCGAGACUUGGCGUCCCACUUCACUGUCAAGCCUCAGUCGGGCAAGCUGAUCGCCUCCCAGCCUGGUGUGAAUAUUGAGAUAUUCUUCCACCCCACAAGGGAAAUCCUCCUCAAGAACAGCCCCAUCCUGUACUGCCAGGUGAUAGAUGCCAUCUCAGGGGAAGGAGGCCAGACUGUCGCCAGCAUCCCAGUCAGGGUGUCAGCAAGAGCUGCCUACAGCAAGUUCAGUAUUGAGCCUGCCUCACCCAUCAAUUUCGGUGCCAUGAUGAAGGGCAGCAAGAAGAGCCAGACUGUCGUGCUGGAGAACACAGGCAUGAUCAGCUUCAAAUUCCGCAUCCACCGAGCAACUGAGGAUGAAUCUCCUUUGGAAAGCAAAAGUUCAAAGCAAGGGGAGUCUGUUCCAUCAGCUAGAAAGCGCUCAGCGGGAAGGAAAUCAAGCUUGACACAGCCUCUCCUGGAACUUCUUCUGCAGGGUCAGCUCAAUGUGGGCAUGUUCACGGUGUCCCCGUGCUCCGGCUCCAUCGCUCCGUGGGGCCAGCAGCAGAUCACGGUGGAGUGCCUCGCAGGGCAGGAGGGGACUUGUGAGGAGCAGCUCUACAUUGACAUCGUGGGCAGAGACCCCAGGGACAAUCCCCUCGGCAUUCCCUUUACCCUGACUGCCGAGUCCUGCCUGCCAGCAUUUGCUGAGGAUGCCAUGUUAAUCUUCGACGAGUACCCGAUCUGCAGCAGCACUGACCUCAGCCACAAGCUGCUCUCUGUGCACGGUGUGGGCCUGUUUGUGAGAGAUGAGAACAAGUUCAUCUUCAACAAGAUUCUGGUUGGGCAAGAGGCUGAAGCCCAUUUCAACAUCUACAACACAACUGGUCUGCCGUGUGACGUGGUCCUCUCCAUCAACCCCCUGCCUGGACAGGAAAAAGGCCCUAUCACCGUUUUCAAGUUGCAUCCUGUCCAGAUGUCCAUUCCUGGCUCAUCCCACGCUGUUGCUACAGUGACCUUCACCCCACCAGACGAGCAGAACUACGACUGCACUUUUAAGGCUUCCCUUGUCAUCCCCAAAUGCUCUGUGAAAAUCAAGCCCCAAACCCUGAGCUUCACCAUCAGUGGGAGGGGGCACGAGCCGCAGGUGACAGUCGUGUGCCCAAGAGCUCGCAGCAAGAGAGGAAAUGCCGUGCUGCGCUUCCAGAGGCUCCAGCUGGGGGAUUUAGAGAUGCUCCCCCUGGUCGUCCGUAACAACGGCAUCGUACCUGUCAAGUUUAUGUUACACCUGGAGGAUGAGCAUGGAGCAUUCUUCUUGAAAGGCAGGCGCUCCACACUGGAGAGAUUCCACACUGAAGAUGUGGGAGAGGACUCUGUUGGAAAUGAGAGCAAGCCCCCAAAGAAGCCUCUCCUGCUUCUGCAUCGUGGGCAAUCGGCAGAGUUUGAUGUCAUUUUCAAUCCCACCCUGGCUCGACGUGUGGAAGGGAAGAUCCGUGUUUUAGUGGGGGACACCUACUCUGACAAGACCCUGAUAGAGCUGGUGGGUGAAGGCCACAAGGAUGAAUUCACCCUCAACUGUCUAGAGGAAGACCCACAGUUGAGGAAUGAUAAGAGCAGCUGGAACAAAGACAUCAUUGAUGCUGUCAGACUGAACCACAUCCAGUUUGGGGACUGUCCUGUUGGGAAGCCCUGCCACAGGACCUUCACCAUCACCAACCACACCGGCAUGACGUUCAUGCGCUUCGAGUGGGAGGCAGACGUCCCAUUCCAGUUCUGCCCCAGGGUGGGACAUCUCCACCCUGGCUGCACCAAGGCCAUCACAGUGACCUUGAAAUCAGAUGUCCCAGCCACCUUCAGGAGGCACCUUGUGAAAUGUAAGGUGACCAAGAUCAAGUUUGAGCUGCCACCAUGGAAAGUUCCAGACUGGGACGACGAAAUGUGCAUUGUCGUGUGGAAGGACAUCACCGGGAAGGACCCAGCAGCCCAAUGGCCUGAAAAAGAGAAGACAGUGGAGACAGUCCCGGAACCGGCUCACACUGUGCUGAAGAAGAGCGGCCAGGAGGCCGAGCUGUACCUCAGCGCCUUGGUUGCCUACGCCCAGUUCAAACUGGACACAGUCGUGGUUCAGCUCAAGGACACCUUGCCCUUCCAGACAAGGACAGCCACUUUCAGGAUGCACAACACAGGGAAGGUGGCCCUGGAAUACUUCUGGGAGGAAGCUGCACCUGCAGAUAGUGAAGCAGUGAGGAUGCCAUAUUCAACCACUCUGAUUAGUCGGCUCAGCUCUGCUCCUGUUGUAAGGCAGCGCAGAAAGCUGGUGCUUCGUUUCCGGAGGGAGCAGGACCAUCCUUUUGAGACGCAUCCUUCUGAGCUGCGGCGCCUACAGUGGCUUGCCAAGGAGCAGCAAGAUUCCGAGCAGGAACAGCUGCAGGAUUCCGAGCAGGAACAGCCAGAUUCUGACCAGGAGCAGCUUUCUGAGGAAGAGCAGCUGGAUGCCAAGCAGAAGCAGCGUUCCAAGAAGCGGUGCCGCUCCAAGGAACGGAGUCUCUCCCCGCAGCGUGCCACUUCCUCCCUGGAAGUCCUCCCAGAUGUCACCCAUGACCAGUCACUGUUCUCCAUCAACCCCAACUUCGGCACCAUCACUCCUGGCCAGAAGAAGACCUUUCAUGUGCUGUUCUCCCCAAAGGAUGUGGGGAACUUUGAGACCACCAUGCUGUGCAGCAUUCCUAACCUGGAGCAGACUCACAGGAUGGUGCAGGUGGUUCUAAAAGGCAGAGCCCGGGAGUGGAAGCGUUUUGGAAAACCAAAAUGCUCUGCCUUACAGCAGACAGAUGAAGGCCAGAGACACAAGAAGCAGCUGCACUGGCAACCAACACCAGAGUGA